UCUUCGCGACAGGGUUUAGUCAACCCGAUGCACUGCGAGGACAUAGUUUAGCUCCAGCGUGUGUUGCAUGAAUUACGAAUCGCGUAUAUUUGUACAACAGUUGUUCGUAAUCUUUUUCGAGGCGUCUUUAACGUUAGACAAUAUGUUAACGUUCAGUAAUCAUCGAACUGUCAACGGAAGUGACAUUAAAAUUUUACAUUUAGAGACUGAGUCUUCCUGCAACCUGCAUUUAUAUUCUUGCAUUUAGAGCGGAAAUCAUAUUAUUACUCCAGAAAUCUCGAAGAAUGGGACACUCGACGAAGGACUCUUCAUCACAUCAUGAAAAGAGAAAAUCUAUAAUAAAAAGAAAGUAAAAGUGCAUUAAUAGAAAUUGCAAAAGAUUACACACAUACAAUGGAAAAUUAUAUAACAAAUGCACAAGUGGCUUAAAUUUCUUAAUCACAUUAAGCAUUUAUGUGUUAAAUAUUUUAUUGUUACAUGCAAAGAAUAUAAAUUCGUCCUUUAUUCGCUCAAUUUAAAAUGCCUCGGCAAAAAAUCAUUACUAUUUCACAUACAACAUUAAUAUUCAAUGUUACUAGGAAGGAAUGUCGCGAUACUUAAAUAUGAAAAAAAACGCAUUAAAAACAGUUUUUCCUACUCUACGAUCUGCAAGAAGAAAAUGCAAGGAGAAAAUGCAACGCUCGUAAGAAUGCCUCAAAUCACUUCGAAUAAUGAUAGUGCGAUCGCAAGACAAUUAGCACUCUCGUGACGUAAACGAUUAUAUUCCGUGAACUAUAUUUUUCCGACAAUUUAUUUGUUUCUCGGAACAAAUAAAUUUCGAAUAAAUUAAACGAUUAUUUAGCAUAUUAUGCUCGCGGGAAUAAGUGACCUUGAUAUAAAUCUCGACUGAUGAGUCCCGCAUGGCAGAAAGAUGCUGUCCACUUGACAAACAUGUGGCCGACAGGUUCGCAAAAGAUUUUUAUCGUCUAAAUAUUAUUCUGAUCAAUCAUUUUCGAACAUAAUGGCGACGGGGGAAGACUCGACGAAGGAGUGGAACGUCGCCAGAACCGGUAUCUCCUUGCUGUUGAACAACAAAAUCGAGGAGGCUGAGGCUUUGUUUACCGAACAUCCUCAUAGCUUCCAUGUCAAAGCCGGCCGCUGCUUUGUCCUCUUCAUGAAUGCUCUGAUGACUUUCGAAGAUGAUAAGCUUCAGCAAGCCAUGUUAUUACUUAAAGAUAUGGAACGAGAAUGUGCGGGCGAUAUCGGUUGGCUGAAAUCCGUGAAAAGUAAAGUGUUUCGAGCAGAAGAGACUGGCAAGGACUAUGUAAAUAAGUUGGAGCGCCAAAUCGUUCUAGCGGAUUCGCAAGUUUGCUCGGCUAUAUUAACACUUCUUCAACAAGAACUAACUGGAUAUGUACGUGGUGGUUGGAUGCUUCGCAAAGCUUGGCGAGUUUAUCAGCAUGCGUAUGCCCAGAUCUCGCAGCUAUAUCGUCGUACUUACGGUACAAAUCCGAUGGGAUUCAACCUUUACUGCGGCCCUCCCAUGAGCAACGGAUCCUCUGUCCAGAGUCCGCAAAGCCCAGAAUCUUCGGAAUGGUCGAUACCCUCCUGCAACGGUUACGUGAACAACAUGACACCCGUAUCGUCGCCAUCAGGUCUGCGAAGCUCUCUAUCAAUGUUCUUCUCGCUCACUGGCAUCACGUCCGAACAACAGACACCAUUCGUGGAACCUACGGAGGUGACACGUUUAAUGUCGGCCGCGAGUUUCGGCUACGGUAUAUACCAGCUAUGCGUGAGUCUUUUGCCACCGUCCUUGCUGAAGGUGAUUCACUUCUUGGGUUUCGAGGGCGACAGACAGGCUGGUCUCACAGCCCUUAUGUACGCACGACUCAGCGAAGAUAUGCGCGCACCGCUCGCCACAUUGUCUCUUCUUUGGUAUCACACAAUCGUGCGGCCGUUUUUCGCACUCGACGGUUCCAAUGUAAAAGCGGGUGUCGCAGUGGCAAAACAGCUGAUAGCUGAAUGUCAUACCGAAUUUCAUAACUCUGCCCUCUUUCUUUUCUUUGCUGGUAGAGUGGAACGUCUAGAGUCAAACGUCAGUACAGCGCUCGAAGCGUACGGCAAAGCUGUGGAGACUUCAACUCAACGUGAAAUCAAAUUAUUAUGUUUACACGAAGUGGCUUGGUGUCAUCUGAUACGUUUGAGUUACGAGGAAGCUUAUCGAUCCUUAUUGCAGUUGCAACACCAAUCUAGGUGGUCCAAGAGCUUUUACGCGUACCUAGCUAUGGUCUGUUGUGGAGCGAACGGCAAAUUUGACGAUCUUUUAACGACUUACGACAAAAUAUUUCACUGGUUCCACGAGAUGAACCGGGAGACGCAACUCGGUGCUUUCAUUUUGCGCAGAGUGCCGAAACUAGUCGACAAGGACACCGGACGUCCUUAUACAAUUCUCUAUUAUAAAUUGCUCGUAUACGAAUUAUUGUAUUUAUGGAAUGCCAUGCCGUCCUGUUCCGCCGAAGCGCUGCAUGGAAUCUUGUGGGAUUGUAAGAAAAAUCAUUCAGAAGAACCGAUGGUGGGUCUGGCUGCUCUCUUGGAAGGUGCAGCAUCCUUUUAUUUGGGAGACACCGAAGCGGCUAUUAAAAGUUUUCGAAAUUGUCUGAAAAGUAGGUAUCCGUCCAACGACGAGUACGAUCAGCACGUUAGUGCGUUUGCUCUUUACGAACUGGGAAGCAAUCUUUGCAAUAAUAACGAUCCCAACGAAGGCAAAAGUUUCCUAGUGAAGGCACAAACUCAAUACAGAGAUUACGACUUUGAAAGUCGACUCAACGUGCGUAUACAUUCCGCCCUGAAAAAUAUACAACACGUUCUUCUUUAUAUUCUGAAAGCGCUUCGGACACAAGCGCAUAAUGAAAAGACGCUAAUGAGUGGACAAAACACCUUCUGUUGCGUUAACGCAGAAAAUUGUCCGGGUACUUCGGCUCACUGCAAUCGACGAUUUGCAUGGUGCACAAAACUAAUCAAACCCAUCGUUUUCUGUAUCAUCACGUCGAUGCUUGCAAUGUCUGUAUCCCACCUUUGCGAUAAAUAUUCGGCUACUGCGUCAUUCAAGCUGAUCAAGGCAGACUUGGGAAAUCUGAGAGCUCAUUUCGAGACUCUCUCGCUGGAAGUGAAAAACGUAAUGGAGAUGCGCGACGAAUUGAAGAGCAAGUUAAAGGAAGUGGGCAACGUGAUUCCGAAAAUGUCAGAAGCUAUUCUCAAUCUGAGGAACGAAGUAUCCGAGGGUAAGAAAGAAAUGAAUCUGCAUACGAAGAACUUACUGAAGGCUCUAUCACCGGAAAUCGUCAAGGAUAUGGUGAGGAACGAAUUACAAACGUACGAUGCCGAUAAAACUGGAAGAACGGAUUAUGCUCUUGAAAGUUCAGGUGGUGCGAUCCUUUCGACACGAGACACCCAACCCUAUUUGACUGGCGCACCCGUACUCAAUCUGUUCGGUAUACCGCUUUGUCAACAGCAAAACACACCCCGUGCCGUAAUACAGACCGGCGUUUUGCCGGGCGAAUGCUGGGCCUUCAAGGGUAGCCGCGGCAGCGUGGUGAUCCGAUUACUCGGCCAGGUGAACAUAUCCGGAAUCAGUCUCGAACACAUUUCCCCGUUGAUAUCCCCGACAGGGGAAACCGCCACCGCUCCUAGAGAAUUUUCCAUUUGGGGUUUGACAGAUGUUGAGGAUGAGAAAGCUUUCUCAUUUGGCACCUUCACGUACGACAAUGCUGGUCCACCGUUGCAGUACUUUGAGAUUCAGAAUCAAGCGGAAGAAGCAUACGAGAUAAUCGAGUUGAAAAUCCAUUCCAACAGUGGUAAUCCAGAGUAUACGUGUAUUUACAGAAUACGAGUGCAUGGUACGCUUAAUCGAAUAUAAAUUCAAAACACAACAGUUAAUUUAUAGAUUCUCUGUGGAAUAUAUAGAUAUAUUACGCUUGUUGCCGUUUAAGACUCAAAGAAUCCGCUGUUACGAUAAUAUUAAUCAGAUGCUGGAUGUAAAUCAGGGCUUGUGGGUGAUUGUUCAAUAAAAAGAGCGAAUCAUUUCAACGUAAUCGUCGCUCGAUUUAUUACA